GCACUGACCGAUCUCAAUGUGACUCAGUCGCCCCCGUCGUUGAUCGUAGCCCAGGGGGACCAGGCUAAGCUAAGCUGUCUGUUCUCAGCAUCUGAGCAUCGUGUGAAAGGGGCUGUCUCAUGGUAUAGGACCGCCCCCGAGGAAAACGUGAGUUCCCAUCAAUUCGUCCCUCUGAAAGGUCGAUUCUCGCUCACCUACCCACAGACUUUCCUGAGCGAGGGAGACGGAUCACUGAUCAUCAGUAACAUCAGCGGGGAAGACGCGGGGAUCUACUACUGCAAAGUCCUGAUGUGGGAGAAGGAGGAGGAGCAAGGGAACGGCACUCGCCUCAUCGUGUACACUCAUCCAUCGCAACCAGAAAUUUACCUAAAGGUGACAACAAAUAGCGAGGACGGAAUGACCCUAGCCUGCAGGACUUCUGGAUUCUACCCUGGGGACAUCACCAUGAGCUGGAACAGCACUGAUCUCUCCCUUCCAGAAACGGGACCCCUACGGAUAUGGAAGUCCCAGCAUGGCGUUGCUCAGGCUGACCUCCCUCUCGUCCUCCCAUCAGGAUUCCAACUGCAGCGGCUGGAGAUACUCUGCAUCGUUCACCACCUUUCUCUCUCAGAGCCGCUCUACGCCAGCUACUCCCAUGGUAUUCCAAAGUACGAAGCCAUGGCCUACCAGGUUGUAGAAUACCUGAAUAUCCUUAAAUUAAGCCUCGUCUUUGGCCUUACCGUUGCCGUAUCUCUCACAGUAAUAAAAAGAUGUAAAAGCCAAUGAGUCUGGCACAUGUGUAGAUUUUCUGGAGAUCCUUUAAUGACAUCAUUAUUCCCCAUGUGUGACAUCACAGCCAUCCAGGAUUUCAUUCAGCGAUUCCAAUAAUAUUUUUUGGGGACAAUCCAUGGAUCUCGAUGGACAUGUGACGUCUGUUUUCCCUCCAAACAAUUAAUCAGAAAUGGAUGAUACAGAAUAUUUGGCAACAUGCAAUUUCCAGCUGUAAAUGUAUCCAAUGUUUUGGAUGAGCAAAAUCCAACCUUAAAGCGUUAGUAAAGAAAAAAAAUGUCAUUCAAAAUAACAAACAUGUUAUACU